UCCAGACCAGCAGAUAUUUCAGACCCUCGAAGAGAGAAGAAGGAAGGUGAAAGAAGGAGCAAUGCUGAGGCAAAGUCAAGUCAAGGCCACACGAGAAUCCCUUGGAGUUUCCAGUAAUAAGCUACAGGAACUGAGAAUAAUACUGCUUGGUCAGAAGACUGUUGGAAAGAGUGCAACAGGAAAUACUCUCCUGCAUAAAGAAGUCUUUGCAUCUAGUCAGAAUGAACAAUGUCAAAUGCAAGAUGGGGAGGUUUCGGGCCGACGAGUCACAGUGAUUGACACCCCGGGCUGGUGGCAGGACUCCUCAUGCUGCACAGAUGAGAUAGACAAAGAAAUUGCCCGAGGUUUUUCACUGAGCCCAGCAGGAGUUCAUGUUAUUCUGCUGGUCAUUCCUUUGGACCUGACAUUCAGAGAUUCUCAACGAGUCACUCUGGAGGAUCACAUGAACCUUUUUCAUGCCACUGUAUGGAAACACGCAAUGGUUCUGUUCACAUAUGGAGACAAACUAGCAGAUAAAUCUUUGGAGGAGCACAUUGAAAGGGAGCAUAGUGCCCUGCGCUGGUUGAUUGAGAAGUGUGAGAACAGGUACCAUGCCAUUAACAAUAUGAAAAAAAUGGAUAUGAAUCAGGUGACAGAGCUGUUUGAGAAGAUAGAGGAAAUAGUAGCAGGAAACAGUGGCAAGCUCUUCUGUCCAAACAUGAAUGAAAUGCACCUGAGAUUCGAAGAGAUGUUCAAGAGGAAGCAGCUGAAACAUGUGCUGAAGCAAAGACUAGUGCGGGAGUACGGGAGGAGAGAGCUGGAGCUAAUGAAAGAGUUCAAGGAAACACUCCAUGAGCUGCAAAAUGACAUUAGGGGAGGUGCGACGGGCACAAAAUCCAAGUCACUGGUUGGUGACAGGGUGAAACUCGCAACCAGGUCUACUGGUCAGGGGAAGAGAGAUGGCAAGGAGGAAAAACUAGAUACAAAAAUCAGCCAAAAAAUUAAAAAGCUGGAUGAAGAUAUAGAGAAAUUAUCACAUUUUCUUGGAAACAGCAAGGAAUUUUUGAUCCCUGAUUUUAAAGGAAGCAGUCCAGCACCUUCUAUUCCUGAGUCUUUCUUAGAGCGCAAACAAUCAACCGGCAACUUUGAGAAAGUUCUGAGUUGGUUAUCGAAUCUUCAUAUCGGCACAAAUGUGGAGAACCAGCUGACUCUCAACUUCUCUCAAACAUCAGGCUACAGAUCUAUGGUGCCAUCCGACACCUUUGACUUUGACGGAGAAGUUGAAGUUCCCGAGUGAACAAAUUAAAAGACUACUGCAUUCUGUAGUGAAUUUAAAAAUGUAGAGAAAAAGAGUCCAACAAUACUGUGAAUUUAUGGGGUAGCAGCGCCUCUCAUGUUGGAGAACUGUUGGAGAAUUGGCUCAGGUAGCUUAAUCUGAAAAAUAAGCUACCAUUGCUUGUCCCAGCCUCAUUAGCACUGUUUGCCUUUGAGCAAACAAGGAACAGUGACUGUGGGGAAUGUGAUCGACUGUUCACCCACUGAGCUAAACCGGUGACCAGGGGGCACGUCUCUUAAAUAUGAUAUAUAUCACAAACUCAGUCUACAUCCUUGAGUAAGGUGUUCCAGAACCUGGAACCUCUAUUUAUUUCUCUUUAUUUCCUAUCACUGACCGCGGUCCUGUCCGU